CUUCAAAUUACCGGCAGUCAUUGCGAGAAUCUUGUGAUGUAGAGUUCUUCGAUCAACAAGAAAAAGUAUUGAGAAAGCAUUCACUUUGGCCGAGAAUGCCGGUGAAAGUCGAUGUAAUUCCACCGCCGCCUGCUAAUUCGAAGCAGCCGGGUGUUACAAAAUCGUUGCUUUACAACGGUUCGCGCUUUCAGGGAUCGCAAAAGUCCAAGGGCAAUAGUUACGACGUUGAAGUUGUUUUACAGCAUGUAGAUGAGGAAAACAGCUACUUAUGUGGUUAUCUAAAAAUAAAAGGUCUUACAGAAGAAUUUCCUACAUUAACUACAUUCUUUGAUGGUGAAAUUAUUUCCAAAAAAUAUCCAUUUUUAACUCGUAAAUGGGACGCGGAUGAAGAUGUUGACAAGAAACAUUGGAGUAAAUUUGAAUCUUUCUGUCAAUAUGCUAAAACUUUUAACUCCGACACAUUUGAUUACGAAGCACUAAAAGGGACAGACUUCGUAUUUAUGAGAUGGAAGGAACAUUUUUUAGUUCCCGACCAUACUAUCAAAGAUAUUAACGGAGCUUCAUUUGCAGGCUUUUAUUAUAUUUGCUUCCAAAAGUCUGCUGCAACGAUUGAAGGUUUUUAUUAUCAUCGAAGUUCUGAAUGGUAUCAAUCAUUGAAUUUAAGGCACGUUCCAGAACACAGUAUACAAAUCUAUGAAUUCAGGUGAAAUCCAUGCUUUUCCUAUAUUGUCUCUCUAAAUUCAUAUUUUCUCUGUCCCAGCAUACAGAUCUCAUAAAAGUCCUUGGUCUUAAAAUGCUCUUCAUAUUUGUAUAAGAUAUCCGUUCAUUUUAUAUUUAAGGAUGAAAAUCUGGUUAAAUUUGAGUUAUGUCCGCUAUAUAUCUCUACUACUACACACACACACAUACAUACACACGAUACUUUUUAUUUCUGACAUAUAAUAUAUGGUAUGUACCAUAUUGUUCGGUAUAUCCAACAUUUUUGAUCAUAACUAUAAAUUUGACGAGUAGAGUGCCUCAAUGAGAGAUAUUUAAUUAGAACAAUUAUUUAUAUAAAUAUUCAUUGUGUAAGGCACAUUAUUAAAAUAAAUUAAUUGAUACUUUUUGUCAAUUAAAACCGUUGUUGUUGAUUAUUUGAUAUUCAUAUAUUCUACAACGAAGACUAACUUCUUUGUCAUUGUUACAUGAAACAAUCUCAUAAGAUUCUGGUACGUUUAUUGUUAUUUAAUCCACCCUUUUGAAACUUUUAAAAACAGAAUUAAAUGAUAAGAAAAUAAUAAUACAAUAUAUAUUAUAUUAUUACCGAUAUUUAGAAUUACAUAGAAUACCUAUUGCGCAAUUUGGUUUUUAUUGUAAGUGAUUUUAUCUUAUCCCUUUUAAAUGUUAAAAUUUCGUAACUUCGUAAAUGAAUGCUAAUUAACGUAGAAACAUAGAAUGUCACUUGUACAAUAUGAUAAUUAUAUCACUAUAUUAUAUGUCUGUAUUGAAAUAUCUUAUUUUUUAAUAAAUUCUAUAUUAUUCUUUCCUCUUUUUCAGCAAAAAAAUCUGUUAUUCAUUAUUUUAAGGAUAUUUAUGAGAUCUGCUUGCUUAAAUAGUUAUGAACAUAUUGCAGUGAAAAUGUUAUAUUUGAAUUGUAUUUGAACAUCUAAUGUGUGAAGUAGCCAAGAGAGAAUUUAUAUAAUAACACAAGAGAGAAUUUAAUUUCAGUAAUUCAAAACAUCCAUGCAUAUGAUUAUUAGAAUUUGUUUCGAUUCGUAGUUUAUUGAUAUAAGAAUGGUGUAUGAUAAGGAAAAGGAAAACAAAACAAAAAAGAUAUACACACACACACACACACAUAUACAUAUACAUACACAUGUACGCACAUGUGUAUGUAUAUGUAUAUGUACAUAUAUUAAAAUCUUUAAAUGUGUCAAUGAAAAAAGGGUGUAUGCAUCUGUAUUACAAUGUUGAUUAAAUACUUCAAUCAUAAUGCAGACAGUGAUAGAACAUUUCUUUUAUUAUCAAAAUGAAAUACUAACCAAUGCUAUUAAUGUUCUUUUUCCUUUAUAGUUUGCAUAAAAAACCUUGAUAAUUAAUAAUGUUUUUUGUAAAAUAUUUCUCUUUUGUUACAUUUGAAAUUACAAACAUAUAACAAAAUUUCUAAUUACUUGUUACUCUUUAAAAAAUGUUUUUAGAAAAAACUAUCAAAUAUCUUCAGGCAUUUUCCAAUUACAAAAACACUAUAUAAUCAUACUUGUUAAAAAUCUGCAAUUAUUUUAUCAUCAUCAAUGUGUCAUUACAUGUGCCUUUUAAUUGGAAAAUGCCUCUUUUAUCUUAUAUUCUUCCACUUUUUAAAAUUCUUUUGAAAUAUCGUUUUCCAAUAUAAAAAUUCCCAUUUUAGGCACAACCACAGGAAGUGUCUUAUUCUUUAUGAUUGUAUUCAAAAGAUGUAUUUUUCAAAAGUAGCAAUAACAAGUUGUAUUAUGUGUAUGUAAUAUGGCAGAUAUUUGUUUUUAAAAAAAAAUCUAUAUUAGAAUCAAUAGGUAAUUACAAAAUCAAUAAGUUUCAAAAAUGUACACAUUAAAUCAUUUUGUGUUAUUAUUUCUAAAUACUUUAUUAUUGUUACUGUAUUAUUUUUUUUUUUAUUUAUAGUGUGUACUGUUGAAAACGAAUAUAUCCCAAAAAUAUUAGACCCGUAUCGAUCUUAUUUGACAUAGUUAUUUUUAUUUAAAUAUUAAAAUUAUUUUUAUUAUUUUUUAUAUAUUUAUUUUAUAUAUAUAUAUGUAUGUAUGUAUGUAUAUAUAUAUACGCGCGCGCGCACGCAUAUGCAUCUUUUUUCUUUUUCUUCUAUACAAAAUCAAAAUUUACACAUGGGAUAAUAUAUAUCAAUAAAAAUACGUAGAAAAUCUUUCAAUUUUUCCGUUAUUAGAUUAAUAUUUUAUCAAUUUUUUUUUUAGUUUUACGUACAAUAGAUAUAUGGAUACUUCUUGUAUCUAAGUGAUUAUUGCAUACGCUUUUAAAAAGUAACAUCGUAAAUCACUUAUAAGGUGCGAAUUGAAUAGAUUAAUAUCACAUGUCAGUAAGAUUAGUAUGAUAAAAAAAUGAUUUAUUUAAAUACUUGUAUUUUAUAAAAUUGAUGUGUAAUUUGUUUCAAAGCUUUUAAUUUAAUUUAAGCAAUUUAUGUUUAAACACACAGAAAAUAUUGUUUUGUAUUAUAAUUGUUUUAGUAUUCUUUGUGUGUGAAUUGCGAUAUUAAAUCAAACAAUCAAAAAUUAAAAAUAAUUCGACCGAUAAAAAUCUGUAUACGUAGACGUAGUGCUACAAUUUCAUUGUUAAACAAAAUAAUUCCAAUUAACGCUAUUACAUAAACAAAAAUUAGUAUCUAGCAUAAUAGUAGAAAAUUAUAAUUUUUUAAAUGUAUAACAGAGUGUUAUGUGGAUUAUUCCGAUGUAAAAUUACCCAUAAUUUUCACAAAAAUUUAAUAAAAAUACAUCUUAAAAACUAA